GGACGCCAAUAUAUUGCAUUCGGAGCAGAGAGCAUGAGCGCGACCAUGGCACUGCAUGCACUCCUCGACGACAAGCAUCGAUGGGCGUGGAAGAUCAUCGGAAUCUGCCUCCUCUUGGGCAUCGCUGGGCAGCUCGUCCCGAGCUACCUGCUGCGCGAGUCGCCGGGCGAGCGCCGGACGAACCUGGCCAUGGCCCAGGCCGAGCUCCACCGCAAGAGCGACCUCGUCCGCGCCAAGUACGCAGCGCUGCAGGAGGAGCUCGACGUCUUCCAGACCUCUAUCAGCGACGUGCUCAAGGCCAUGGCCUGGCGAAAGGUGCGCGAAGAAGACUUCAACGCCGAGCGUGUUCAGCACAUCCAGGGCGUGCGAGACUACAUGGCCGAGCGUCAAGCCAAGAUUGAAGCGAUGGUGCUCGAGGCCGCCGAGUCGAUCCAAGUAACCUUCCGGAAUGCGCACAAGCAAGUCGGGUACGUCCCACCGCCCGACACGGAGGCUGAGCCGACGACACCCUCGGACGAGCCUACUGCAACACCACACGAUGCGCAAGAAGCUGAUCCACCCGCGCCUUCGCCGUACGCCGACCUGCCCACGGUACAGCUCCAGCCGGCCCCAAUCGAGACUGUCGAACCGAAGCCUGCGCUGGCGACCCCUGCCGUGCUGCCGCAGGUCACUCCUGCGCCGGCCCCUCGGCCCGUCAAGCCGCGCCCGAAAGCGACACCGACCACGGCUCCGACACCGUCGCAGCCGUCUCGAUGGAUCCUCGAGAGCUGGUCUCUUUUGCAGAUCGCAUGUGGUCUGAGCUUCCUCGUGUUUGUGCUGGCCAUGCUCAGCGUGCUCUAUGAGCAGCAAGUCCAAGGCGGGUACCCCUUCACGCCCCGCAAGAAGACGCGCCUUCCUGCGUCGUCGCGUCGGCCAUCCGGACUACGCCCCGCGCCGGGCCUCGACCGCAUUACGCGCAACAUGAACCAAGUCGACUUUGACAGCCUCGAAGACGACGAAGACGACGACGAGAAUACCCGCGGGAGCUACUACGCGACCGAGAGCGAGCUCUUGACCCCGGUGCCAGUGCGACGAUCCCGGCGACUGCACCCUGGCGCCCCCAGCGUCUACCUCGGCUAGACAACACUUAAUAUAACAUCGCAAACGUCGUCCCAAGGCGGUUGAUGAGAAAGGAUGACGUGGGUUGCCUCUUUUAGCAGCGAAACCGUCUCGGC